CUUGGUAUAGAAUACCUAGGCUCACCUAGGCCUGAUUAGGCCUACCUAUCUAGUCGAUUUGUUGAACUUUGAGAUUCGCAAUAACUUUACAUCAUAUUUAUUUUUACGUUUUACUCAUUGUAAAUAAUUCUCAUCAGUUUCUUGUGAGCUCGGAAAAAUUUAAAAAACUGACUAUGUUAUGGUUUUGUCAAACUUUGGAUUUCCUAACCUAGAAUUUUGGACAUUGAAGUGUGAAUGAACAUUAUGGAGCUUAUGAUAAGAAAACAAUUUUUGCCACAAACUCUGGGCGAUAGAUUUGCUUUUUUAUUCUUUAUUUUAAUUCUACCAUUAGGUUAUUGGUUUACUUUAUUCAUUGUUAUUCCAACUGUAGUUCCAAAUAGCCCUGUGAGAUACCUGUUGCAUUUUAUAUGGUCGACAUUUCUAAUGAUAAGCAUUGUGAGUAAUUUUGUGUAUCUUGUUUUAACGGACUGCAACGCUUCAAAUGCCAUUAAACAAGCCAGCAACCAAACACAUUGGAAGUAUUGUGCUGUUUGUGAUUGUGAAACUCCACCAAGAUCUUGGCACUGUGAUAUUUGCAAAAUAUGUAUUCUCAAAAGAGAUCAUCACUGUCGAUUCUCAGGAUGCUGCAUAGGCCAUCAGAAUCAACGAUUUUUUAUUAUGUUUCUUGCAUACUUGUCUAUUGGCACUUUAUAUUCAACGUGUUAUAUCCUGAUAUUUUUGUGGACAAGUACAUCAUUCACUAUUAGUGUUUUUAGCGUUGCCAAGAUGAUAUUUCCUAUGGCGGUAUUUGUUCUUGGAAUAGAUACUUCAUCAUCUCAGUUGUAUUCAAUCAUGCUAAUUGUAAAUUUUCUUGGUCUGGUUCUUUCAUCUUGUUUAUUGAUUUAUCAUUUUAGUGUGAUGUUGAAAGGAGCAGUAAUGUAUGAAAACUCUCAUAAAAUCUAUGAGUAUGAUCUUGGUUCAUGGAAAGAGAAUCUAAAACAAGUUUUUGGCAGCAGGUGGUACAUAUCUUGGAUUUCGCCAUUCAUAAAAUCUGAACUGCCAAAUAAUGGUGCUGAUUGGGAAAGUGUCAAGUGUCAGGCAGUUAAAUGCAAGUGACUUGAAUUUUAAGAACUGACACUCAAGUCAAAGUUUGGGAGAGUCAUCUAAAUACUUUAAAUAGCCUACCGUACUUAUUGUAAUGCUAUUGAUAAUAUAUUGUUUGGUAUUAUUUAUUUAUA